UCAGUCCCAGGGAAGUUCUUGUGUGUAACCUAUUAGAGCCUAUGGAAAGUUUGUCUGUGAGCAGAGCUGUACAACUGUGAGCUUAGGGGCACAACGGGUGAGGGCAGUGCGCACGGUGCUCUAUGGCACAAUGCCAUUCCAGCACCUAAGGGUCCAUACACGUGCACACAGAUUGCAGCCCUAGUUAGUGGCCCCUCACAAGCUGCAGGAUGAAUAUCCCUCUGCAGACCCUCACCUUGCUCCUGCUGGGGGCUUCCUGCGUGUACUCUCAAAUCACUUUCCCAUUAAUGAUUUCUUCAGCUCAGAUUAAAAACACUCAAGCAGCGGAAUCUACAACCACGCAAAACGAUAUCGUGGGACUUGGUUUAGCUUCAGACCCUAGUGGGAAUAUAAAUUUCUUGGCAAUGGUGGACAACUUGGAAGGUGACGCUGGCAGGGGGUACUACCUGGAGUUGGCCAUAGGUACCCCACCCCAGAAGUUGAAUAUCUUGGUUGACACAGGAAGCAGUAAUUUUGCAGUUGCCGGAACCCCCAACCCUUAUGUAACCGCCUACUUCAAUUCAGAUCUGUCAUCAACCUACACAAAUGAAAAUACAGAAGUCACAGUUCGGUAUACUCAAGGAAGUUGGACUGGUACACUUGGAAGAGAUGUGGUUACGGUUCCAAAAGGAUUAAAUAGCUCAUUUGUUGUAAACAUUGUCUCCAUUAUUGAAUCUGAAAGUUUUUUUAUACCCACUAUCCAAUGGGAAGGAAUUCUGGGAUUGGCAUACAGUGCACUGGCCAAGCCCUCAACUUCAGUGGAGCCCUUCUUUGAUUCCCUUGUGAAGCAGCAGAAUAUUCCUAACAUCUUCUCAAUGCAAAUGUGCGGGGCUGGCAUGCCUACUACAGGAACUGAGACAAAAGGCGGCAGUCUCGUCAUGGGCGGCAUAGAGACAAGUUUAUUCACUGGGGAUAUCUGGUACACCCCCAUCAAGGAGGAAUGGUAUUAUCAAGUUGAAGUACUUAAGUUUGAAGUUGGUGGUGUGAAUCUUAACCUGGACUGCACUGAGUACAAUUCUGACAAAGCCAUUGUUGACAGCGGCACAACUCUGCUACGUCUUCCUGAGAAGGUUUUUAACUCAAUGGUACAGGCCAUUAUACAGACAUCUCUGAUUGAGAAUUUUAAUAUGGGAUUUUGGACUGGUUCACAACUUGCCUGCUGGGAUAAAAGUGAAAACCCAUGGACCUUUUUUCCUGACCUUGCUAUUUAUCUCAGGGAUAUGAAUGCUAGCAUGUCAUUCCGUCUAAUUAUAAAGCCGCAGCUCUAUAUUCAGUCUGUUCUGACAUUGCGAGCUGACCUUAACUGCUAUCGAUUUGGCAUCUCUUCGUCUCCAAAUACUUUGGUUAUCGGAGCUACAGUCAUGGAAGGUUUCUACGUCAUAUUUGACAGAGCUGAGAAGAGAGUUGGUUUUGCCGUCAGCAGCUGUGCAAUGGUCAAUGGUGUCACAGUAUCUGAAAUAUCUGGUCCGUUCAGCACAUCUGAUAUAGCCAACAACUGUAUAUCCAGCAAUCCCCUCAGGGAGCCUAUAAUGUGGAUUAUAUCUUACACUCUUAUGAGCUUGUGUGGAAUAAUACUCCUGAUCUUGAUCAUUCUGCUGCUUCUUCCAAACCGACGGCACGGUGAUGAGCCAGAGGUGGUAAACGAUGAGUCGUCUCUGGUGCGUCACAGAUGGAAAUGAAUUUCAGCGAUUGAACGCACUGAACAGUACAGAGAUAAGACUUUACAAAGUAACUUUUCAGUCCCUGUAGUCGGUGCUGCUGUUUGGAACUCUGUUUUCUGCACAAUUACCAGCUGAACCCUAUGGUUCACACUACACUGUGUCUACAAUACAAUCUUUAUAUUUUACAUUUCACUGAAAACUUGAAUUCUAUGCAACUCCAACAGAACCGUACUAACUGUACUAAACUGAAAUACCUUCCUUAACUGUAGGCUCUGCACAUGUUUCAUCAUAAAACUCUAUUUCUUUUUUGCAGACAUUUGAAAGUGGUAUCGUAUUGAUAGCCAACAUGUUUCAGUCUUACACAUUGGAACAUCUUAUUUCUGUUGCCUUCAUUCCAAGUGGACUUUUAGAGUUUAUUAAUGUAAUUCUUUCUAAUCAACAGUGUAAUCAUUUCAUGUAAAGAUGAAUAAUUCUGCUUUGGAUGUGUACAUUAAAACGAACCAUGACUUUGUAGCUUCCUAUACGUUAGCCCACUACAUUUGCUAUCACCACUAUAACUUGCAGGGCACUAAAUAUUCCUAAUGAAUGGACAGAUUUGGUUGUGUUCAACAAUUACUGCAACAUUAUGUUAUGUAACCUAUAAAAAAAUGUUAUCAUGAAGUAUGUUGAUUUUUACGGGGUGGGGUCAAUGAAGUAUAAUAGUGUUCCCUACCGAAAAUGUUGCCACUUAGGUGCCAUUAUGAAAUAGCCAGGUGGGGGCAGUAUAAUACUUUAUUAAUAUCAGCUCAGUAUUGGCUUAAAGGGAUAUGAAACCCAAAUUUUUUCUAAUUUACACCUUUUAUAACUUUUUCUUCGUUCUGUUGGUAUCUAUUUGAAAAAGCAGGUAUGUAAGCUUAGGAGCCAGCCCAUUUUUGGUUCAGCAUCUGGGUAGCUCUACAUUUAACCACCAAUCAACAAGUGCUACCCACAUUCUGAACCAAAAAUGAUCCGGCUCCUAAGCAUACAUUCCUGGUUUUCAAAUAAAGAUACCAAGAGAGAGAAGAAAAACUGAUAGGAGUAAAUUAAAGUUGCUUAAAAUUGCAUAAAACGUGCGUUUCAUAUUCCUUUAAAUCUCCAGUAAAAUCAACCAGGUGGUUUUGUCUAUUGGGGGGAAAAACUGUAAUAGCACUUAAGCUCCCCCCAAAAAUAUUAAUGUUUGUGCCAGUAAAUCCUAUGCAAGAGCUUAAAUAUUCUUUAUAAGAUUAUAUCACAUCAGGGGAAUAAUGAUUCAAUGCAAAUUUACUAUAUGAAAAACAUUAUUACAUAUCAAGGUAAAGUUUGUUUGUGAUCUUACCUUUAAAUGGAAAUGGACUUCAAUUAUUUUAUUUCAUGUUGUAAAUGAAUAAAUUGGAUUAAAACAAAAACAACAAAACUUCCAAAUAGCUUUAAUCAAAUUGUACUUUAUUCUGUUUUUUCCUUUGUUGAAGAGCACUGCUAGAUGUGUCUGAAGCACUACAGUAUACUGCAGGAGUUUGGCAUUUAAUAAUGUUAUAUUCCUUUGAGCACUAGAUGGCAGUAAUGUUUGCACAAGGUAUAACAUUCUAAAAUGCCUUGUUGCCAAACUCCUGCCAUAUAACUCCAGCCAUGCCCAUCAGCCUACCUCAGUAUGUUCUUCACAGAUGGAUACAAAGAGAAUGACGUAAAUUUAAUAGAAAUUGUGCAUUUUUUUUAUUCUAUGCUCUGUCAAAAUCUUGAAAGAAAACAUUGAAUUUGAUAUCAGUGUUUUGUCAUUUAUUGCAUCCUCUGUUGAAAACACAUUUUAUUUAUCCAUUUACUUGACUGCUUAAAGGGACCUUAAACACUAAAUACAUUUUAUAAGCAUGGUAUUGAGGUUACCCCCUCCUCUCUCUAGUUAUAGUUGCCGCCAUAUUGAGAUCUAUCUCUCACUACAUUGCAGCGCUGACCUGUUUGCGCAUGUGCAGUAACUCUCCUUCAGAUACCUGCAGUAUAACUUAGGUUCCAAAAUGCCUGCACCCAUAAUUAAUGGGAGGUGCAUAAAAUGUAUUUAGGGUUUAGUGUCCCUUAAAGCUAUAGUCGUCAAAAGAUCUGUUGCUAAGUUGUGGCUUGUUAGGCCAGGUUAAUGUGAAUAAAAUGUAAAGAGAUAUGAAAAUAAAAAAACUGCUGCCAUAUAGACACCUUCAGGCUUUUGCGCAUACUGUGGUAUGCUAUUCAGCAAAAUAAUUUACUUCUCUUGACAUUUGAUAAUAGAAAUAAAUCUGAAUUUUUGUUUUCAUUAAAAUAAAACUUUAGAUUAUGUCCCUUUUAAAUUUGCAAUAUAUGGCCUAUUAUAUGAUGAAAUGUGUGUAUAUAUUUCCCAUAAAAUGUCAGCUCUUUCCUACUAAGUGUCAAUCCCUCUAAGCAAAUGUCCUGUUUAUUUUAUCGCAUUUCAACUUUCUGGAAUUGAAAGGUUAAUGUACAGUCAGAUGGUUUAAAAGAAAAUAAGUGUAUAGCUGUAUUGCAAAGUGCUCGAUUUGUUCAUAUUACAAUGGGGUUUGUUGUUUUUUUUUCUACCCACCACUCCAGGAUUUAUUAAAAUGUCACAUUCAAUUGUAAUUUUGCAGCCUGUAAUAAAUCAUGACCAAUAUA